AUGGUGCAUGAACAGUUGAAUCUUAUUCGGAAGAUUGUUGGUAUAUUAGGAAACUUCAUCUCUCUAUGUUUGUUUCUAUCGCCAACGCCAACGUUUAUACACAUAGUGAAAAAGAAGUCAGUGGAAAAAUACUCACCAUUGCCAUAUUUAGCGACUCUCCUAAACUGUUUGGUUCGUGCUCUUUAUGGACUUCCUAUGGUUCAUCCUGAUAGCACCUUGCUCGUUACAAUAAGCGGUAUAGGAAUCACGAUCGAAAUCGUUUUCCUUACAAUCUUUUUUGUAUUUUGUGGUCGUCAACAACAUCGGUUGGUAAUAUCCGCUGUUUUAACCGUUCAAGUUGUGUUUGUGGCUACCCUUGCGGUUUUGGUCUUAACUCUCGAACACACUACCGAUCAACGGACGAUAAGCGUUGGGAUUGUAUCUUGCGUUUUCAACGCUAUGAUGUAUGCUUCUCCAUUGUCUGUCAUGAAAAUGGUAAUAAAAACAAAAAGUUUGGAGUUCAUGCCGUUUUUGUUAUCGGUAGUUGGUUUUCUAAACGCAGGUGUUUGGACAAUUUAUGGCUUUGUGCCUUUUGAUCCAUUCCUGGCUAUACCAAAUGGGAUUGGGUGUGUUUUUGGACUAGUACAGUUAAUAUUGUAUGGUACCUACUACAAAUCUACCAAAGGGAUAAUGGAGGAAAGGAAGAACCGACUCGGUUACGUUGGUGAAGUCGGAUUAUCCAAUGCGAUCGCUCAAACUGAACCCGAGAACAUCCCAUAUUUAAACAAAAGAGUUAGCGGCGUUUGA